GCGAAAGUACACGUGCUUUAUUUACAAUCCCAUUGCAUGUGCACAAAAAAGUAAUUCAGAGGGGAAAGAUCGAGGCUGAUUGCUUUGAAAGUAGCCCUGUUCUAUCAACGGUUGUCAUCUCAACCCACAAGAUGGAGGAAGAGGGAGAGAGAAUUUUGACGCAAUUUGUGACGGAGACCGGGGAAACAACCGGUGACCCUUUUGAUCUUCCAGUCAAUGUUAGCACAGAAAAGCUGCAGUUGAUAUGCAAUGCCAUAUUACAGAAGGAGGAGCCGGUUCCAUACACGUUCUUCAUCAAUGAGACGGAGGUCACCUCAAGUCUGGAUGAGACCCUCAAGACACAGAAACAGGAGACAGAAACAGAGAAGGUCUUGAACAUCGUGUACCAGCCUCAGGCCAUCUUCAGGGUCCGUGCCGUCACUAGAUGCACAAGUACCAUCGAGGGACAUGCUGAAGCUGUAAUCUCGGUUGCGUUUAGCCCAGAUGGCAGAUAUCUUGCUAGUGGAUCAGGAGACACUACAGUCAGGUUCUGGGAUGUCAACACAGAGACUCCACAUCACACCUGCAAAGGCCACAAACAUUGGGUUUUAUGCAUAGCCUGGUCUCCAGAUGGACGUCUGCUCGCCUCGGGUUGUAAAAACAGUCAGGUUAUUUUGUGGGACCCAGAGACGGGCAAGCAAGUAGGACGAGCGCUGACCGGUCACAGACAGUGGAUCACCUCCUUAGCCUGGGAGCCUCUUCACAUCAAUGCAAACUGCAGACAUCUCGCAAGCUCCUCAAAGGAUGCCACGGUGCGUCUUUGGGACGUAACGUUAGGAACGUGUAUGCGCUCAUUAUCGAGUCAUCUACAGUCAGUGACAUGUGUGAAGUGGGGAGGGAAUGGUCUACUCUACACAUCAUCUCAAGAUAGGACGGUCAAAGUGUGGAGGGCUGAAGAUGGAACACUGUGCAGAACAUUACAAGGGCAUGGCCACUGGGUGAACACCAUGGCGCUGAGCACAGAUUAUGUCAUGAGGACGGGGGCGUGUGACCCGACCAAGGCUUCGGUUGUAUACAGAAAAAUUACUGAAUCAGCGGAGGAACUGUCCAGAAUGGCAUUGGAGAGAUAUAAUAGUGCAAAGGGCACUGAACCAGAAAGACUCGUCUCUGGCUCUGAUGAUUUCACUCUGUUUCUAUGGCAACCGUCAGAGGACAAGAAACCCAUAGCGCGGAUGACCGGUCACCAACAACUGAUUAACGAGGUUGCAUUCUCGCCGGAUACCAGGCUAAUUGCUAGCGCUUCAUUUGACAAGUCCAUUAAACUUUGGGACGGCAGAUCGGGGAAGUUUCUGACAACUCUGAGGGGCCAUGUUAACAAAGUUUAUCAGGUGUCUUGGUCAGCAGACAGCCGACUGAUCUGCAGUGGGAGUUCCGACAGCACACUCAAAGUCUGGAAUGUCAAGUCAGGCAAGAUAUCCAUCGAUCUACCCGGACACGCUGAUGAAGUGUAUGCUGUGGACUGGAGCCCUGAUGGGCAGAGAGUGGCCAGCGGAGGCAAGGAUAAAGUACUGAAAAUAUGGAGACGCUGAACGAGAACUAACAAGAAAAGAAGAAAAGAAAAAAAUUGCUGUAUGAUGGACUGGUCAACUCCAAUGUCCUCGGGGCCCAUUUGUAGUUUAUCAAUAAUUUUCUUUACGAAAACAGCAACACCACUUACACAUAUUACGAAUACAUAAUUAAUUUACAAUAGAUUUAUUUUAUAAAUAUUAUCAUAAUGUAAGCAGUGCUCCUUGCUGCAUUUCUCAAAAAAGUUCAAUCUGUAAAAUGUGUCCCUCUCUGGUCUUUUUGACGAAGCUCACAACAAUAUAGAAUAAAACAUUUACAACUGUACACAACAUAACUUACAGAUCAGCUGCAUUUUAUGGUAAGAGACUUUUGGACAAGUCGUUAAUGUUGUGAUAGCGCAACACACCGCAAUUAAAGACUGCUCCUGCGCAAGGCUGCUGGCUCCCAACCGCUACUCUCCAAUAAAUGAGACCAUAGUCGACGGAAGUCUUGCGGGGGCCAACAGUCACACAAGAACAUUGCUGAGUAUACAGAGCUAAUACACACAUUGGUGUAUGGGUAAAACCAAACAAUAUUCUUUAUCCUGAUGCAAAUAUAAUAUCUAUUAAAAAGAUUAUCAGUGUCGCAGGAAUCGAGUCAGAACGCUAUCUUAAGUCUUGUCCACAAGAACUUGUCCACAAGUCUAGGUAAGAAUCUGCCGAGCUUUAUCAUUUGGCAGCCAUCUUGUAAUUAAAGUGGUGUAACCAAGAGCUUUUUGAAAACCUCGGCUUGGGCACCGUCUCCGGCCCUGGGUUCCGACCCUGGGCUCUGUUUGAUGUGGAAACAAUGUGCAAAAUGUAAUAAUAAUAAUACAAGGUAUUUAUAUAGCACUCUAAC